UGCCAUUGAUUUUAUUUUAUUUCUGUAUUUCGAUUUAAUUUUCUCGCCCGAAUGGGGGAGGAGAGGGUUCUGCCAUAUAGAUGAAGGAAACAAUCAGGUUGGUGGUUAGUGUUGUUUCCCUUCAUCAUCAUUAUUUUUCUACACAAUCAUUUCCCCCAUCCACUCCACCCCGGCAAGAAAAACUGGAUCCAUCGACAUGGGACACACUAGGUCCCGAAACAGUAUUGUUCACUGACUUCAGCCCAGCAUGGCCCCUCAUGCUGAACUUGCUAGCUGAUCAGCUCUCAUUUCUUUUGCGGACCAGUCCGUCGGGACUGCGGGCAAAGGAUGCGAAAGUUCCAGCAAGUGGAUGAUGGUGGUAGGUAAUGGUGGUGAGAGGAUGGAUCAACUAACAAGAAGGUGUGUGCACGUACAUUCACUAGGUAGAAGAAUGGAGGCCCCCACAGG